AUGAAGUUGAAGCGCUUCCUUCUCAGAUAUUAUCCACCUGGCAUUGUCCUGGAGUAUCAGAGAAGAAAUGGAGAUUUGGAAACGAAGUGCAUCGAUUUGCUGAAUCUGACUCCUGAGACAGACGUGGAGGUGCUCAUCAACCAAAUUGUGUUUGAAGAGCCCUUGAUAUCUGAGAACAAGAAGGAUACGCUGAGAGGGAUGAUCUUCAAACUCAUGGAGAAGAUCGACAACAAGGAUUCUCAGCGUUUCUACUUGUUCAAGAUCCUGCGGGCGCAUAUUCUGCCUCUGACCAACUGUGCCUUCAAUAAGUCGGGCUCGAAAUUUAUCACCGGCUCCUACGACCGGACCUGUCGUGUCUGGGAUACGUUGAGCGGUGAAGAGCUCUUGACUUUAGAUGGUCACAAGAAUGUGGUCUAUGCAAUCGCUUUUAACAAUCCGUUUGGUGAUAAGAUUAUCACGGGGAGCUUCGAUAAGACGGCGAGGCUUUGGGAUGCAAACACUGGCCAGUGUAUCCACACCUUGAAAGGUCAUCACACAGAGAUUGUCUGCGUGGCCUUCAACAUCCAGGGGACACAUGUGGCCACUGGGAGCAUGGACAACACUGCCAAGCUCUGGGAUGUGGACACGGGCCAGCAGAUUGCGUCUCUGGAAGGUCACUCCGCGGAGAUCGUCUCACUGAACUUCAACACCGACGGUGACAAAAUUCUCACCGGCUCCUUCGACAACACUGCGAAGGCGAUUUUUAGCCUUCGAUGA